AUGUUCUUACUUGGCCGGCUGGACCCUGCUUUCUCAGCUGUGAUUCAUGACAAACUCCAGGUCCCUAACACCAUCCGGAAGGCGUGGAAUGACCGUGAUAACCGCUGUGACAUUUGUGCCACGCAUCUGAACCAGCUGAGACAGGAGGCCAUCCAGAUGGUGCUGGCCUUGGAGCAGGCUGCUGGCAGUGAGCACUACGAUGCCUCUCCCAGCUCCCCGCCUCCGCUGUCCACCAUCCCUGCCCUGGUGGGCUCUCGGCAUGUGGGGGGGCCCCAGCAGCCCAGAGAUUGGGCCUUUGUGCCUGCGACCUAUGCCACCUCCAGCUACACAGGCCUCAUCAACAAGCACAGCAGCAAACCCAACAGCCUUGGGGUCAGCAAUGGGGCAGAAAAGAAGAGUGGGUCCCCAACCCACCAGGCCAAGGUCAGCCUACAGAUGGCCACCAGCCCCAACAAUGGGAACAUCCUCAACUCAGUGGCCAUUCAGGCUCACCAAUACCUAGAUGGCACCUGGUCCCUUUCAAGAACCAAUGGGGUCACUCUGUACCCCUAUCAGAUCUCCCAGCUCAUGACAGAGAGCAGCCGGGAGGGACAGACCGAGGCAGCGCUGAACCGCUACAAUGCAGACAAGCCCACGGCCUGUGGCAUCCCGGCCCCUCAGGGCUCCUGCGUGGCCAGCGAGAUCUCCACAGGCACCUCAGUGGCCGCUUCCUUCUUCGCACGAGCUGCCCAGAAGUUAAAUCUGUCUUCUAAGAAGAAGAAACACCGACCUUCUGCUUCUUCUGCGGUGGAGACCCCCCUCUUUGCUACCAGCUUCAGCGGGAUUCUGCAGACCUCCCCUCCCCCAGCCCCGCCCUGUCUGCUGAGGGCUGUCCACAAGGUGAAGGACACCCCAGGCCUGGGCAAG